ACUACUUUUUGCGCAGAGAGCAACUCUUCCAGACCUCACAUUCCCUCCUCGCCGGCGCUCAUACAACACCAAGAUCAAGCCAUGGAACCGUGGCUAGACUCCCUCUCCGAGGACUGGAAAUCCGAACACCAGUCCUCCUCGCCUGCACCAUCCUUCUCCUCGAACCGACACAAUGGAAAUUCGUCCUUGUCCCGGUCUCAAAGUCGCAUCCCUCAUCUUGCGAAGAACAUGCGCAAAGAAUCAACAACAGGAAGUUUUCUAAGACACAGGUCGCAACGAAGCCACUCACGCGCCGAUGGUGAACCCAUUCUGCGAGAAAGAAGCGCCUCCAGUCUCAACUUGCCCCCCACGAACGGCUCGAAUAAAACCACAAGUCUGCCUCGCCGACCGUCGAGUGUGUUCUCAGAGUCUCAAAACUCUGUCCAACAUCACACCAUAGAUGAACCGCCUGCUUCGGCAGAAACGCCCGAGUGGAAAAGGCGGUUAGUUAACGGGGAGGAUAUUGCUAGUGACGGCUUUGAUUUGUUUUCGCCGUCCAAGCUGGAGGGGAUCUUCAAGCAGCCCACGUCUUCCGUUCUUCCAAGCGACAACGAUGCUGUGGAGAAUGACGGUUCGAUACGUCGAAAACCAUUUAGCCUGGCCAUCUCAAACAGCUUCCCGGAACAAUACAGCAGUGUGCGCGGAACGAGAAGUCGUCUUAAUCUGGCGGUGCUGGAGGAAAUCAAUGAGGAAGAAGAGUCGGAACAUCAGAAUCAGCCCAAGGGCCCUCAUCCUACACUUGAGAGAGGCUCUAUCCAAGAGUUGGCUGAGCAGCGCAUGCGAUCGCUGGCUCGUGCACGCCAUGACAACUCAUCCACUCCGUCCUCACGCCCGUCGUCAUCAGAAUAUGGAAGCGUUGUCCAACGUCAAGCGAGCACUCAUGUGCCCGAUCCUCGUUGGAGAACAAUCAGCGGCCAGGAAGAGUUGAGAAACGAAUUCAUUAGCCCCGUGACCAUUUCCAAACAGAACUCGAUUCGAGAGACAAUCAUGCGGAAACCCACGAGUGUCAACAUACAAGCGCUAGAUACAAAGCUAAGAGAAGCGGCAUACGAUUCGCCGCGGCCCACAUCUAGUUCGAGCGACAGGGAUGUGAGCUAUGGAAACGGCAAUGGAACUGGACAUGAGCCUGAGCGUUUUGACGAGCUGUUGCCGGACCUCACAUCCCAGUCUUUACCGGAUGAUUUAUCAAUGGGCACGCAGGAUUUUGUCGCUGGCGGAGGCUUCAUCAACUCUCGACGUGGAGGAAGAUCGAACGACAACUCAUUUCUUCGAAAAAGCCUAAGCCUACUUCAUGACAAUUCCAAGAUUGACUCGCAGAACAGAGACUUUACAUUUAACAGCUCGCCUCCUCAAUCUUCACGCUUUUGGGACGAAAGUAUUGAUCAAAGCAAGAUCAGUGCAAGUGCCCCUGCAACACCCCCAGAUACCAGCGUGGUUCACCAUGCCGAAAGUCGUAUCAGGCCAACGUCUUCCGGCAGCCCACUCAAACUCUUCGGCAAUCGAGAUACAUAUACAAACAACAAGCUCAUGCGAAUACUAAGUCACUUUGAGCCGGAAGCUACACAUGAUGAGAGCAAGAGCAAUGAUUCGGGCGACGAAGAGCAGGAUAAUGUCUUUCGCAUGAGUCAGUUCGGCCAGGGUGAACUAGACGGCUUUGGCUUUGAACAGAACGUGCGCAGGCCUUCACCGGUCGACAUAGGCGAUAUUGGAUCAGACGACAGAAUAUUCCAGCCAAAGGCCGCCGUUACAGCACAAAGAUCACCGGUUAAUGAUAAGGAAGAGUGUUCUGGCCCCAUAAAAGAUGCUCAGGAAAGAGACAGGUUAACGAAGCGUCGCAAGACUCUUAUGCAAGAACAAGUCACAAUUGACGAUAAUGAACUGGAAGUUAAGAUCUGCUCUAUCGAAGAAAAAGCAACGCUAGCAGGAAAGAAGCGGACGGAUGCGAGACCAGGCAGUGACCCUGCACAAGCAGAGCCAGAAGUUUUGGCGACACGAAAUCUGUUGAAACCCAAGUCAGCCAGGAGAUUGUCAGUAGGAAAGUCUGCAACCGGAGACACAACCGACACGGGUGGAGAAGAAGAAGGCCUGGAAGGCUUGCAGCAUGACCUAACGGAAGCUUUGGCCGCAGAGCUGGCAACCUUUACGCAUGAGGCUACCAAAGCCAAUGAGGAUUCUCGGAAGCCAUCGCUCGCAACCAAAGAUUACAUGGAAGAGGCUAAUAAAGUAAUGCAAUUCAUUCGCGCUCGAGGAAAGCCAGUACCAGUGGUGAAUGAAAUGAGCGAGCCCGGAAAUGCAUCUGAAUUGAAUGCUGAUGCGAUCCUCGACCUCAGCCUCGACGCCGAUUCCACGAAAGACGACUUCUCACGACCACCUUCUCGAGACUAUCCCUCAAAGCCUGUACCUGAACGCCGACAUGCCAGACACGAUUCCCGGACAGCGAGCUAUCUGAAAAGGUAUCAAGAUCAAGACGACCUUGACGCUUUGGCAAGCAUUUCUGUUUUUGGGACAUGGGCUCCCUCGGACAAUAGGUUAGCCGCUGAAGCUGCUAGUGUUCCUGUACCAGAUGAGUUCCAAGAGAGCGACCCACCGAACAUUCGUAUACGAGGCCACAAUGAGACCUUGAGAAAACGGAAAUAUUCUACGUCUACCGUAGAAGGUCUGGCUUCUGGCCAGAGCUCUCUGCAACAUAGUUUCCCGACCAACUCCUCAACAGGUUCUGGUCAAAAAGGGGUCAUCACAUCUGGAACUGUUUCUAUACCUGAUAAAGUGGGUGCAAUGACUUUCGACCACGACAAGAAGAUUUGGGUAAAGAAGAUGCAGGUCACUGUAAGCCCAAAAGUAGUGUAUCUGGAAGGUGUUUCAGAAGAUGAUCCUUUCGAGAGUAUUCCAGAUCUAAGUAUCGAUGAGAAACAGGAAAUGCGUUCCAGAGCCCGUCAGAAUCAAAGGGCCGCCCAAGGGCAAAAGCAUGUCGAUUUUCCGCCUACGCCUACGUCCUGGGAAGAGCCUUUCCCACCGAGACGGCCUUUGCAGGAGUUGGAACCCGAGGUCGUCAUGAAGCGUGACCAAGCCUUUACCGCACCACAGGACCAAGACGAGGGCGAUGUCAACCAAAGUUCUUUGAGAUCAAAAGUGUCCGAGCAUGAGGUCAAACUACAAAGCGGAGUUCCCUCCAAGCCGCCCACUGAGCUGAAGGAAAAUCGAAAGCAAGCACGGGUUGUAACAAUCGCGUUUUCAUCGCCCGUCGUCUCAGGAAUCAACUAUGCAAAUAUGUCCGAUGAAGAUUUUGAUGCUCUACCACGGGAAGAUGAUCUGCCGCUUGACGAAUCCUAUAUCAACCUGGAAGAUGACAUCGAGGACGUUGUGACUUCGCAUCACGUGCAGAAAAAAUUCGCCGUGACUGUCGAUGACCGCCAGGCAUUGACAUUCCAACCUCGAACGAUUUCGCCUAUCGAGGAACAGGAUGAGGAGCAACCUGUCGCCCAUACGAGCUUGGUGAAUUCUAAUCGCUUUCACGAGUUGACGCCUGCAGCUCCACGAACGGUUGCAAAGCUUCAGAAGUCCGGACAGAAAGCUGCGAGCAUCCUAUGUUUGACACCUCUUUCCGACUUUUCUCUUCACCAGGUAGACAAGGGCCCGUAUCACGAUCAGAGCUAUGUCGAAGAUCGAAAACGUCCCAACGCCCUUCGACAGGCGCAUGGCUCUCUUGCACUGGCGGUAGAUCAACUGGUCAAAGCAAUCACGGAUGCCGUUCAAGAUGAAUUAUUCUGGGAAGAAUUACGACGGCUCAAACUUGACGAGAACAAAAUCUCGUCUGUGCAUGCGCUGAACGAGUAUUGCCCAGUUUUGGAACAAUUGUCUGUCAGUGGGAAUCAAUUGAGACAGUUGGACGGUUUGCCAUCAACCUUGCGCAUCCUUGAUAUCCACAACAACAUGCUCAAUGACUUGGGCUCGUGGAGUCAUCUACACAAUCUGCAGUACUUGGAUGUGUCAGGAAAUGAACUGGAGAGUCUAGAAUGUUUCAGCUCUCUAGUGCAUCUUCGGAGUUUAAAGGCAAACAACAAUCGCAUUACGAACAUUGACGGAGUUUUGGAUCUCGACAGCCUUCUUGAUCUUCAGUUGAAUGAUAACAGACUUACCAGUGCCAGUUUCGAAGGGUCCGAACUGACGCGGCUCCGGACCUUGGAAUUGAACAAUAACAGACUGAAAGAAGUCAAGAGCCUCGAAUCUCUUCCGGCUCUCGAAAGCCUCAGUGUGUGCAACAACGGAUUGGAGGAAUUUGGGCAAGAUGUCCAAAGUCAAGGAUUGAUCUUGAAAGAGCUUCGACUCUCUCAUAAUGCACUGGAAGCAAUUCAUCUCAACAAGAUGCCCGCACUUAGGUAUCUCGAUCUCGACAACAACAGGAUAAAGACUAUGUAUAGUCUGUCUUUGGCGUAUAAUCUCGAGUUUCUGUCGCUCAGAGAACAAUUCGACUCUGCGCAUAUUGUGGAUGCAAUACUUUCAACACCCAACGAAUGUCGUACGAUCAGAUUAUCGUCCAACUCUGUCACUAGCGGCAUGUUCAAGCUGCCGCCAACGCCACAGAACAAUCUUCGCGAGUUGGAGAUUGCAGCUUGUGGUAUUGCCGAGUUCCCAGAAGGCUUUGGUGCUGCAUUCCCCAAUUGCCGGUCCUUGAAUGCCAACUUCAACGCCGUCAAGGAUAUAGCACCACUUAGAAGAAUGGUUCAUCUAAAGGACCUUCUCUUGGCCAAAAAUCGAGUCAAGAAACUUAGGCGAACAUGCCUCGUUCUGUCGCGACUGGGUUCAUUGAAGCAAGUUGACCUUCGGGACAACCCAUUGACUGUUGGAUUCUACUCGCCCGUCCAGAAUGUCGUUGAUAGCGACGGAAUUUCAUCCGAGGCACGAUAUCAUCUGCCACGAGGCUCUGCUGGUGAAGAUGCAAACUGGGUAAAACUAUUAGAUGACGUGACAGGCAUGAAAAGACGAACGAUUGAAUUAUUGCUUGCAGACCAUUGCAAGGGUUUGGUUGAACUUGACGGACUUUGUUUCUCCAGAGUACCAUCCGACCAGGAGGACGAGACGUGGACGAAGUUGACGGAUCAAAAGGUGCUCAUGAAGCCGGUCCUCGCGCAAGUGCCGACUGCGAAUAUUGCCGAGAAGAUGACACGAAUGGAUGGGGACGUUUCCAGAUGUUCUCUCCCAGGAAACUUUGCUGCAUCGGGAAUGGAGGGUUCGAUGAUUAUGGAUUGUGAUGUUUUUGACGGAUGAAAUCGUGUUUACGGUGACUAUGAUCUUUGUCACGGUGUAACGUUGUUAUUGCAUUGUGUGGCAUUUGGGGGGCUAGGGG